AUGGCAGAGCUCGGAAGGUCACGCGAUUCUCUAAAGCAGGCCGCGGUUGUAAUUCCGGCAGGGGAUUGUCGUGCGUUUGUCACAGAGAGAUCUCAGAUUUGUGGACAAGAUUCUGAGCCCCGGGUCACAUUGAGCAGCCCAGGGUCUGGACGCGCCGCCUGGACUGGACUGCUGUGCGCUGACGAUGGACUUGUGGGAGCAGCCUUGGAGGAUGCACGGAAGCUAAUAUUGACAAAAAGACACACCAAACCACAACACACAAGCUCAGACAUGGACACCCCAUGCUCUGUGGAGCUCACAGGCUGGAACAGCAGCACCAUCAGUGGGAUCCCAUCAGCCCCCUGUAACCAGAGCAUGCUAAACACGGCUCCAUACUCCCCUGAGGCCACAGCUGCCUUUGCCACUGCCAUCACCCUCAUGGUGGUCUUCACUAUAGUGGGAAACGUGAUGGUUAUCAUCGCUGUGCUGACCAGCCGCUCUUUGCGGGGGCCUCAAAACCUGUUCCUCGUGUCCCUUGCAGCUGCAGACAUUCUAGUGGCCACGCUCAUCAUCCCCUUCUCACUGGCCAACGAGCUGCUGGGAUACUGGUACUUCAAGUCUCUGUGGUGUGAGAUCUACCUGGCCUUAGACGUGCUGUUCUGCACUUCCUCUAUCGUCCACCUGUGUGCAAUUUCUCUGGACCGCUACCUGUCCAUAUCCAGGGUGACGUACGGCCGACAGAGGACUCCGAAGCGCAUCAAAGCUGCGAUUGUGGUGGUGUGGCUGAUUUCAGCCGUCAUCUCCUUCCCCCCUCUGCUCUCUCUGAACAAAAGUGACAAACAGGAUGAGGGUGUGGACCGAGGUCCUCAGUGCAAACUCAAUGAAGAGCGCUGGUACAUCCUCUACUCCACCAUCGGCUCCUUCUUUGCCCCGUGUCUCAUCAUGAUCCUGGUGUACGUCAGAAUCUACCAGAUCGCUAAACAGAGGACACGCCGCCCCCCUGGGGAGCCCAGGAAGGAUGGGGGCAAUGCCACCCCCAGUCAGACCCCUCGACAGGUGCACGCCAACGGCAAGGACGAGGAAGAGAGCACUCCUCCAUCCACCAACAAGAGCCCUAAGACGCGGCCCCCCACUCUGGCCAUCACCCCCUCCCCAUCCCCUGAGUCUGAGCCCACCCAGAACCCAACCUCCAACAACCUUCUGCAGCCCCCACCCAGAGCCCUGACCCCAGACAGCGCUAACAGACCCUCCUCUCCGUCCUCAGAGGCCCCAAAGCCCAAAGUCAACGAGAAGAAAAACAAGCAGAAGGCCAAGAAAACAGACAACAAUAACGGUGACAGUUCGAGUACUGACAGUGAUGCAGAACACAGUCAUGGAGGCAGAGGCAGUGCCAGCAUGCCCGGCUCCCCCGGAGGGGGGGUCCACUCUCCCGGAUCUGUCAAAAGGUACAAAGAUAUGAUCGCCACUUCAAAAGGGGCACGUCUUAUGCCAGGGAGAAAGUCCAAGUCUGAUAAUAACCCCGGGGCAGCCAGGCGGAAGGCCAUGGUCAACAGAGAGAAGCGCUUCACCUUUGUCCUGGCCGUCGUCAUCGGUGUGUUUGUAGUCUGCUGGUUCCCAUUCUUCUUCUCUUACUCGCUCCAGGCUGUGUGCCCAGAGACCUGUGCCAUCCCCCAACCCCUCUUCACCUUUUUCUUCUGGAUUGGUUAUUGUAAUUCCUGCCUCAACCCUGUCAUCUACACCAUCUUCAACAAAGACUUUCGGAAAGCUUUCAAAAAGAUUGUGUGCAGAAACACCAAGGGGACUUUCUUUUAA